AGAGAAGUUUUUCCAUGAGGUGAACUCCACGCAGCAGCAGAGAAGCUCCGUCUCGCUGGUGAAAACUAAAGCUCUGGUGAAGAGCCUAAUCAACCGCUCGGAGCUGCUGCUGCAUGUUACCAUCGCACCGCAGUGCAAGAGUCUGUCCUCAACUCCAACAUGCACACCAGCCUGUAAGUCGGUGUCAGACACCAAAUCGAUAGUUCCUGUGGUGAAGCAGCCCGUGUUCCUGCGCAGUAUGUCCGCUCCCUCAGAUCUGGAAAUGAUUGCCAACAGUGAUGUGGAGUUCACACAUGGAGCACAAAGGAGGCGCCUGCAUCCAUCCAGUCACCGGAGCAGCUCUUUUACUCUGCUGCAGUCUUUGGUCAUCGAAGACAGCAAGGACAAGCCCACGUACAGCGUGCUGCUGGGACAGCUGUUCGCCUUCAUAGGAACCACUCCUGAUCAGACCGUGUCCAGCAGCAGCUUCUUGUCCGCGGCUCAGACGCGCUGGAGGAGAGGCCGCACCCGGAGACAGGCUCUGGUUCACAUGAGGGAGCUGCUCACCGCCGCUGUUCGGGUCGGAGGAGUCACACAUCUGGUCGGCCCCGUCACCAUGGUGCUGCAGGGCGGACCGCGAGUGGAGGAACUGACCUGCGGUGGCAUGAUGGAGCAGGUCCAGGAGGCUUUUGGAGAGACCAUGACGUCAGUGGUGUCUCUCUGCGCCCGUUACCCAAUCGCCUGCGCCAACAGCAUCGGCCUGCUGUGCACCAUCCCCUACACCAGGAGUGAGGAGCAGUGUCUGGUGCGCAGCGGUCUGGUUCAGCUGAUGGACAGACUGUGCAGUCUCAGCAGUCAGAGAGACAGCAGCUCCAACGAGAAACAAACCAAAAAACAGAAAGUAGCUACGAUGGCCUGGGCCGCUUUCCAGGUGCUCGCCAACCGCUGCAUCGAGUGGGAGAAAGUCGAAGGAGGCUCCACAGACGCAGUGCAUUCUGGACUGGCUCGACAGGUGUCUAGCCUGCUAACCAAUCACCUGGCUCGCGCGACAGACUGCUGCGGGAACCAAGCCGCGGGAAACGACGCCCUGCAGGAUGUGCUCAGUUUGCUCAACGAUCUUUCCAGGAGCCACAUUGGCAAAACCAUCCUGAGCCAGCCUGCCUGCGUGUCUAAACUGCUGUCUCUGCUCCUGGACCAGCGGCCCUCGCCCAAACUGGUGCUGAUCAUCCUGCAGCUGUGCCGCGCUGCGCUGCCGCUCAUGAGUGUGGAGGAUUGUGGGAAUGUAGCGCUGCCAUCCUGGAGCUACUCGGCGUAUGCGCUGGACGCAGAGCAGCAGGAGGCCAGUGAUCCUGCCUUCCGCAUCGCGUCGCUGCUGCUGGCCAAGCUGGCGGACUACGUGGUGCCGGGUUGUCAGACGUUGCUCUCCCCCAGCGCCUCUGAGGCCGACACCAGUCUGACACGGGCCUGUCCCAAGAGCAGCGCUAAGACCGACAGAGACGCCAGCGAGGAGGGUGAAGCCGUGGAUGGCAAGCUGUCCAUUUUCAUCCACAAAAGAGAAGACCAGUCAUCCCAUGAGGUGCUUCAGCCGUUACUCAGCAGCUCAGAGGGUCGUCCCUUCCGCCUCGGCACCGGAGCGAACAUGGAGAAGGUGGUGAAGAUGGAUCGGGACAUGACGAAGAGCGGCUGCUGUGAGGUGAUCACGGAGGAGGCUUCGUCUGCUCUGCGGAAAGCCAAUAAGUGGGCUCAGUCUGGGCUCAUUGUUAGUGUGGGUCCCCCGAUAGAGAGCACAGGCCAGGAGAAUGCUGGGAUAUCCACCACAGGUGACAAGAAGAAAACCGCCCAGUCCACAGUGUGCAGAGAGAGGAACGCUGAGCUGGCUCGCUCGGAUCCGGUGCGUCCCUUCAUCAGCGGUCACGUGGCGAACAGCAUGGCUGCGGAGGUCAUCGCUCUGCUGCACAGUCUCCUGACCGCGCCUGAGUCCAACACGGCUCAAAUAUGGACCAGCACCGCAGAAAAGGUGUUGUCCAGGGCCUUGAUGUUCAUCCCUCAGUUGGGCAAACAUGCUGAGAGUAUUCUGGAGAGCGGCAACAGCAGCGGCAGGAGGCUAGCCAAGCUGCAGGCCAUUGGUCGGCAGGCCGUGGCGGCUCUCUGCGCGCUGGGAGGAUUCAAGGAGACCAUCAAGAUCGGCUCUGAAGUCCAGGUGGUGGGUAAAGGUGUGCUGGACAGUGUUGGGGUGGUCAUGUCCAUUAAUGAGCAGGAGGGGAUCGCCACGGUCAGGUUUCCUUCCUGCGAGUACCGGCGCACCUGCAAAGCAUCGGAUGUCCUCACCGUGCCCAUAUCCCGCCUCUGCACCCCUCGCUCUGAG